ACAUUAUUUAUCAGAUAGUUUAACUAUUCAUUAAAAAAAAAUUGCUUUUAUUUGAAUCCUACUGUAAUAAGAAAAUGGUUGACAGAUUAUUCUACAACGCUUUUGGUAGUUUAUCCAGAAAUCGUCUGCUUAUCACUUUCUUAAAAAAUUAUAUUUUAGCCUACUUUGCGUUUCUUAUACUUGGAACGAAUGAAUUGCACUUAAUUUUCGGUUUGGUUAAAUAUCCAUCAAGAAACGAUUCAAAUGCGAAUUAUCACAAAAGUCGUUUUGAAAAUUUGAUUACCUCUACAACCGAUAAACGGUUCUCAACAUUCUUCAUGAAUUCUAGCACCAUUAUGGCUAGCUUAUCAACAAGUGUUUCUAACAUUGAAUUCAGUAACUUGUCAAGUAACAAUACUUCACCAAGUUUCUUUGGCAAUAUGCCACCUGAAACUUUAUUCAAAGAUCGUUCAAGAAUAAUACCAUCAACUUUGAAUUUAACUUCUAAUGAAGAGAGAAAGCAUGAAGUUUCAAAAUUUGGAGUAGACGAAAAGAAGCACAACUCUCAGAAAAUUGAUAAGAAUAUCCGCAAUAACGAACAUCAAAACAACAUGAGUAACGAGAACUAUUGGCCAAGAUGGAAUUAUUCGAAGCGUAAAAAUGCCUGGUACUGUGUAAACUGUAGAAAUGAUUUCAAUGAUGGAAGUUCUAAAGAAAAUUUAUUAAAGCUACUUCAAGAUUAUCGUUUGAAAAAAACUACUGUAAAUAACAACACUAGAAAUGCAAAUCAAAAUAACUCAACGACUUUUGCAAAGAAGUCUACAACCUGGACGAAUUACACCAGAUUCACACAUACAACCCAUGGAAAAAAUUUCAAAAGUGUUCGUAAUGUGACUAACGACCGUUACUGGACUAGAAAAACAAACGAUACUGAUCAAUAUGGGUACACUUUCAAUUGUACUAGCAAUGGAAGUGUAUCAACACAAAAAAAAAUCCAUACAAACAAUUCAAUGGUUACAUUCGAUGGAUGGCAACGGGCAUUCGCUAAUUUUUCAAACGUCCUAAUGAUAAAAGAAAACAAUGAAAUUUCGAAUUGUCAUAAAUUCACUUUGUUGUUAAAAUAUAUUACGAAGGCUCUAGGUUAUAAGUGUCAAAAAAAUACAAAUUUAUUAGCAGAACAAAAAUUAAAGAUUUCCCGUACUCCAUACCAGUCGAAUAUUUUACGUAAUUUCUAUACAAAGAUCCGUAAAAAUAAUUGGAAAAGAAAUAUUCUUGUUAAUGUACAUUCAAAUCUACACAAAAAGAAACAUGAGACGACUAGAAAGUUUACUGACCGGUGGCACUCAUUUCCAGUAGUAUUACGGUGUUAUUUUGUUGAUACAGUUGAAUUUUGCAAAAAAAUUUCCAAAAUCCAAAGAUUUUAUUAUUUUGCAGACCGUAAAAUAUUAGGAAGAAAAAAAUUGACGUCCACUUGUUUAAGUUUUUAUAAAAAUUCGAGUUAUGUAGUUUUAAAGUCAAUGUCAUAUCCGAGCGAUCCUCUGUUUCCCAAUAUUUCUAAAAAACUUACCUGUAUUAUUUCGAAAUUUUAUAAGCGUGUCCCCAUAUCUUUGAAAUUAAAGAAAAAUGCGGAUUGUUGUUCUUCAGAAAUUGUUGCCGAAUCAAUGAAUGUUCGAGUACCCUGUAAUUAUUCAGAAACAAAAUUUUGUUCUCAAUUAAAAAAUGUAUCCGAUAUUCCUAAACUCAACCGUUUUGGAUUUUAUAAAAUACACAUAAACAAAAGCAUGCGUGCAUUGCCGACCCUUAUUCUACUGUUAAAUAGCACAUUUUCAAACUCUACUGAUUCCAAUGCAACCGUACAGCAACCCGAUAUUUUAAGCCUUGUUUCUAAAAAUAACUUUGACACGCUAAAACUAAGGUCAGAUUUAAAAACAGCAGACUUUGUAAAAGUUAAUGGAAUAAAUUCCAAUAUAACAUCUAUAUUAGUACCAGUUUUUUUUUUUUUUCAUCUAACAUUACAAAAGAAUAUGACUCUAGUAAAAGAUGCGGGACAAGCAAGUGUUUCAAAUUUUGCUUUCUAUAAAAAACACGAUUCAUUAAUUUUUCCAGACUCUUAUAAAAUGAGUUAUUUGUUCAAGCAAGAAAAAUUACUUUUUAUCAAAAACUCAAAGCAAAACUCUAAUUCUACAAACACUGGAAGAAACACGACCGAAUAUUUUCAUGACGAUGUAAAUGAUAACCGUGAAACCAUUUUAAAAAAAAAAAAAUUAACAGCAAUCAACAAGAGAAACAGAACGAGUGUUUUUGUAACAAACAGAAAAACAAUGAAAUACACCAAAACAUAUAUAUUGAAGAAUGCUGCGAGAAUCAAACUAACAUAG